AUAUAGUUCAUUUUUAAAGAAAAUAAAAGUUCAAAAUGAAUAGAAUCAUUUUAAAUCAUUAUCGUUGCCUAAAACGAUCGAAUAUAAUAUGGGAGUGUAAACAAUAUCAAAAUAUUCCAUAUAUUACACUUUCAAGGUCGUUGUCAUAUUACACAACUCAUCCACUCAGAUUGCAGCAUGAUAUAACCCAAAAGCCUUUAAAUUCUCAAAUCAUUGGAUAUCCACCACAUCUCAGAUAUAUUUGCAUGACCAGUCAAUGUUAUGAGAAAGAGCCUCUUAAACCAUCCUCUAAGGUUGAGGCUGCAGUUGAGACAAUUAAGAAAGGUAUUGAAGAAAAAGAGAAACUCCCCAAAAAGGAGGAGGUUAAAAAGAAAAGUUUAAAACAACGUAUAAUGGAUGAAAUCACACAUUACUAUCAUGGUUUUAGGUUACUCUUUAUAGAAAUAAGAAUAUCAACAUCUCUACUAUUCCAAAUAUUAAAAGGCAAAUCUCUGACGCGACGUGAACACAGAUUGAUGGUCACUACUGUUGGAGAUCUAUUUAGAAUGGUGCCUUUUAUAGUGUUCAUAAUUGUUCCAUUUUUGGAAUUUGCAUUACCAUUAUUUAUUAAAUUUUUCCCAAACAUGUUGCCAUCUACUUUUGAAAGUAGAAGUCAAAAGGAGGCUAAGCUAAAGCAACAUUUAAAAGUUAAGUUAGAAAUGGCAAAGUUCUUUCAAGAAACAUUGGAUCAAAUGGCACCACAGGCUAGUAAUAGGCAUUCAGAACUGGCUAAGGAGUUUUCCAAUUUCUUUAAUAGAAUACGGACCUCAGGUGAUGUUGCAACGAGUGAGGAAAUAAUGAAAUUCUCUAAGCUAUUUGAGGAUGAGAUCACAUUGGAUUCACUUCAAAGGCCACAUUUGGUUGCUUUGUGUAAAGUGUUAAAUGUUUCAACAAUUGGCACAAGUGCUAUGUUACGGUUUAAUCUGAAAAUGAAGCUACGGUCGCUGGCGGCUGAUGAUAAGAUGAUUGCAAAGGAGGGUGUGGACAGUUUGAACUUCAGUGAACUUCAACAGGCUUGUAGAGCGAGAGGUAUGAGGGCUUACGGUGUAUCUGAGGAGAGGUUGCGGAAGGAGUUGAGGAACUGGCUUGAUUUGUCAUUAAAUGAGAAGGUACCACCAUCGCUGCUUUUGUUGUCUCGAGCCCUUAUGGUGCCAGAACAUGUGCCAACAACGUACAAACUGAAGGCCACAAUAUCUGCACUACCUGAACAAGUAGUUACACAAACUAAAGCUGCUAUUGGUGAAAAGGAAGGCAAAGUUGACUUCAAGGCUAAAGCAGAAGCAAUUAAAUUGGAAGAACAGAAGAUCAAGGAAGACAUGAAGGAGUUCUUGGAAGCGGAGAGGGAGAAACAGCUUCUUGAAGCAAAGAAGAAACAGAAAGAAGAUCUCGUUGAUAAAGCACCAAUCAUUGAAUUGGAUACUGAACAAGUUAUGGUCGAUCCAGCCCCUGUUAUAGCCGUUGAUGUACCAAAGCAAAAAGAAAAGUCUGAAGAAGGUUUGUCUGGCAAGGAUUUAGAAGUAAUUGAAGAUGCUUUAGAAAAAUUAGCUGAACAGAAGAAGUCUCUGUUACUGGAGAAGGAAAGUAUUCAGGUGUUGAAGACAGAACUACUAGACUAUAACGAGGAUGUCAAAGAGAUGAAUGAGAUUGUCAAGUCUAAGCAAGCUGAUAUCAAACUGACGAAGGGUGCCAGAAGAUUAUAUCGCGCUGUAAACAACAUGAUAAGCAAGUUGGACGCAGCACUAGUUGAAUUGGAGAACAAGGAGAAAGCGCUGAAGACAACAUUAGAACAAACAAAGACGGAGCCGCAGAAGGCCAAAGAACAACUUAUACAAAUCGAUGAACUGAUGCAUUCCAUAAAGAGUCUACAGAAAGUGCCGGAUGAAGCAAAACUCAAGCUUAUACAAGAUGUCCUCGGCAGGCUUGAUGAUGACUUUGAUGGGCAAUUGAAGAUUGAUGAUGUUCUGAAGAUGUUAGAAAUAAUAGGCAACGAAAAUGUGAACCUGUCCGAGAAACAGAUCAACGAACUGAUCGAACUUUUAGAUAAAGAGGAAAUAUUAGAGAUCGAGAGCAAGAUACAGAAAGCUCUGGAUAAAGCGGCCUCCGCUGCCAAGGAACAGGACAAGUCCACUGAAUCUGAUGGAAAGAGUUUAUUUGACAUUAUUCGUGAAGCACAAAAGAGAAGAGAGAUGAAGAAAGCUGUUGAGAAAUUCGGAGAACAGAGAGCAAUGCCUAAGAGUGAAGACAUCGUCACUAAAGCUGAAGAAAGCAGUAAACGACCCGAGCAACACUGAGACGGAUAAAUCUUAAGAAAACAGUUACAUCUCUUUAACACAUGUAACUCUUUUCGUCGGAUCCAGUUUCGAAAUGAAAUACUGACUGACGUAAUUAUGUCGCUCUCAGAGUUUACCGCUCAAUGAGAAAACUGACGUUUAUUAAUAUUAUUGCCAU